CGCCGCUUCCACUAAGUCACGUGACUUCUGAGAAAGGGAGCGAGCUGCCUCGGUGCGCUGAUCCGCUGCAGAGCGUCUGAGAGGCGGCUACAGGCAGAGCGUGUGUCCGCUGCUCCGAGGGAACCGCAGAUUUUUAUAGAAUCAUGGCCGCAGGAAGAAUGCGCUGCACGCGACGACUGAGAUCCUGGAUGAUCGAACAGGUCAGCAGUGGGAAGUUCUCGGGGCUGGAGUGGGACGACGAGGCCAAGACCAUGUUCCGCAUCCCGUGGAAACACGCCGGGAAGCAGGACUUCCGCAAAGACGAGGACGCCGCCAUCUUUAAGGCCUGGGCCGAGUUCAAAGGGAAGCUGACGGACGGAGGUCAGGACAACCCGGCGAUCUGGAAGACGCGUCUGCGCUGCGCCCUCAACAAGAGCCCGGAGUUCGAGGAGGUGAUGGAGCGGGCGCAGCUGGACAUCUCCGAGCCCUACAAGGUCUACCGCCUGGUGCCCUUCAGCGAGCAGGGUUUGUCGCUUCCUGAAGAGAAAAGCAGAAAGAAAAGCAGCAGGAAGUCGAAGAGGAGGAGCAGCGAGUUCGAGAGCGACGAAGAGGACGACGUCCACGUCAAGCAGAUAAAGACGGAGGAGGUCUCGUCUCAGAUGUGUGAACACAAGAUCCUGCAGCAGAGCGACGUGCUGGUCCCGACCGACGAGCCCGUCCAGCACAGCACCGUCACCAUCCAGAGGGACGUGGUGGACGAGAUCCAGGUGGACGUUCGGUAUGAGGAGAACGUUCCUGCUUCACAGGAAGGCGACUCCAUCAACGUGAAGCUUCACUACUUAGGGAAGGAGGUUCUCCAACGGCAGAUCCUGGGCUCUGAUGUCCGGAUCACCUACCUCCCUUCCUCCCUCGUUCCCCCGACACCCUCCAACGUCCUGAAGGGCCGGUUCCCACGCAUCCCUCUGCCGGAGCCGCCCUCCACGCUGUCGGCCGGCCCCGAGCUGCAGGCGCUGCAAACCCUGCUGCCCUUCAUGGAGAAGGGGGUGGUGCUGACCUCCGGGGAGCAGGGGGUGUACGGCAAGAGGUACUGCCAGGGGCGGGUCUUCUGGACGGGGCCGCACACGACCACGGGGGGGCCGCACAAGAUGGAGAGAGACUCUGAGCCGGUGCUGCUCUUCAGCAGAGACGCCUUCAAGCAACAGCUGGAUCCUUUCUGCUCGACCGGAGGAGACCCGCCUCAGUGCGGCUUCACUCUGUGUUUCGGAGAAGAACUGAGUGACAGCGACGAUCCGUCCGAGAAGCUCAUCAUCGCUCAGAUCACGCUGCCGUGGGCGGAGCAGCAGGUGCAGAACGCUCGCACCUUCUGCAACUCCAUCAACUUCUUCAAGUCCUUGGCCAGUCAGUCGCCGCUGGGAGAGAUCACCCUGAACCUGGUGGCCGUGCCCUCGCCCACGACGCCCGAGUCGAUCAUGUGGGCGACGCUCUGAACGCGCCAGGCAGCGCGAGGGCUUCAUUCCACACACGAGACACAAUCCCCCAGGUGGUCGCCUGGAAGCACUACACGAAACUGAGAGGUCGUCUUCACUCUUUAAAUAAUGUGACGUUAAAUCUGUUCUUUUCAUUUAACCCAAAGCCAGUGGUUCCCAACUGGAAGACCAGGACUCCCACAGCGUUCAACCAGAUCACUUUGUGUUUGUUGACCCGGCCUUUAAAAGGUUUAUUCUGAUUUAACUUUGUUUGAACCUGGUUCCCAGUGAACACGCAGAGGUCAAAGGUUGGGAACCACAACUUUUACAAACUUAUAAUUAUGUUCAAACUAUAGCACUAUAGAAACCUUGUGAAAUAUUAUUUUACUAUUAACAAUAAAAAAGGGAAACAUA